CACAGGGACUAUUUCCUCUAUCGGGCGGGAGGAGAGAGGUGGACCAACGAGUGGCGAGCAGGAGAGUCAGUGCAAGGUGUGUGUCAAGUGUGUGCGAGCAGCAGUAAGAGGAGAAGCCAUGGCAGCUGGGUCUCUGGGCCGGGGGGAGAGCUUCUAAAAACAAACCCCAGGCGAAAUAGUGGUGGGACGCGGCACUGGAGGCCACAUUCUUAUAGCUGCACUAUUCCUGCGCUCCGGGAGUGAGGGAAAAAAAACACAACGGUCCAAAUUACUGGAGAGCGCAGGGGAAGGAGCCAUGAAGUACAGACCUCUGGUGGUGGCUAGUGACGGUGUCCGGGCUAUGAUGGAGUCGGCCCUGACAGCCAGAGACCGGGUGGGCGUGCAGGACUUUGUCCUGCUGGAGAACUACACCAGCGAGGCGGCUUUCAUAGAGAACCUGCGCAAACGCUUCAAAGAGAACCUCAUCUAUACGUACAUUGGCUCCGUGCUGGUGUCCGUGAACCCAUACAAAGACCUGGAGAUCUACACCAAGAACCACAUGGAGCGAUACAGAGGAGUCAACUUCUACGAGGUCUCCCCACACAUCUAUGCCGUGGCAGACAACUCAUACCGCUCCCUGAGGACAGAGAGGAAGGACCAGUGCAUCCUCAUCUCCGGGGAAAGCGGCGCCGGUAAGACGGAGGCGUCGAAGAAGAUCCUGCAGUACUACGCCGUCACCUGUCCAGCAAGCGAUCAGGUGCAGACCGUCAAAGACCGCCUGCUGCAGUCCAACCCGGUGCUGGAGGCCUUCGGCAAUGCCAAGACGUUGCGUAACGACAACUCGAGCCGUUUCGGCAAGUACAUGGACAUCCAGUUCGACUUCAAGGGAGCCCCCGUAGGAGGCCACAUCAUCAACUACCUGCUGGAGAAAUCCCGCGUGGCCCACCAGAACCACGGCGAGAGAAACUUCCACAUUUUCUACCAGCUGAUCGAGGGAGGAGAGGAGGACCUGCUGAGACGCCUCGGCCUGGAGAGGAACCCUCAGCAGUACCAGUACCUGGUCAAAGGUAACUGUCCCAAAGUGAGCUCCAUCAACGACCGCAGUGAUUGGAAGGUGGUGCGGAAAGCUUUGAGUGUGAUCGGUUUCAACGAGGACGAUGUGGAGGAGUUGUUGAACAUCAUCGCCAGCGUGCUCCACCUGGGGAAUGUGCAGUACGGCGGGGAGGAGGGCAACGCCUGCAUCACCUCUGACACACAGAUAAAGUACCUGGCCAGGUUGUUAGGGGUGAACGGGUCGGUGCUGACAGAGGCACUCACACACAAGAAGAUAAUCGCCAAGGGAGAGGAGUUGAUGAGCCCGCUGAACCUGGAGCAAGCGUCAUCAGCUCGGGAUGCUUUGUCUAAGGCAGUGUACGGACGCACAUUCACCUGGCUGGUUAACAAGAUCAACGCUUCACUGACAUACACGGAUGACUCUGUCAAGAAUUACUCUGUCAUCGGGCUGCUGGACAUCUACGGCUUUGAGGUCUUCCAGCACAACAGCUUUGAGCAGUUCUGCAUCAACUACUGUAACGAGAAGCUGCAGCAGCUCUUCAUCGAGCUCACCCUCAAGUCGGAGCAGGAGGAGUACGAGGCUGAAGGCAUCACGUGGGAGCCGGUGCAGUACUUCAACAACAAGAUCAUCUGUGACCUGGUGGAGGAGAAGUUCAAAGGCAUCAUCUCCAUUCUGGACGAGGAGUGUCUGAGACCCGGAGACGCCAGUGACUUCACCUUCCUGGAGAAGCUGGAGGACACAGUGGGAGGACACGCCCACUUUGUCACUCACAAGCUGGCUGAUGGAAAAACCAGGAAGGUAAUGGGCCGUGAUGAAUUCAGACUGCUGCACUACGCUGGAGAGGUCAACUAUAAUGUCAACGGGUUUUUGGACAAGAACAUGGACCUGCUCUUCAGGAACUUAAAAGAGGUGAUGUGUAUGUCAGAGAACAAGAUCCUGAACCAGUGUUUCGACAGGGAGGAGCUGAGUGACAAGAAACGCCCCGACACGGCGGCCACUCAGUUCAAAGCCAGUCUGGCGAAACUCAUGGAGAUCCUCAUGUCGAAGGAGCCGUCGUACGUCCGCUGCAUCAAGCCCAACGACUCCAAACAAGCAGUUCGCUUUGACGAUGUGUUGAUCCGUCACCAAGUCAAGUAUCUGGGGCUGAUGGAGAACCUGAGGGUGAGGAGGGCCGGCUUCGCUUACAGACGGCGCUACGAGGUCUUCCUUCAGAGGUAUAAGUCUUUGUGUCCCGACACGUGGCCAAACUGGCAGGGGAAACUGGCGGACGGAGUUGCCACACUGGUCAAACACCUGGGAUACAAGCCCGAGGAGUACAAGCUGGGCAGGUCCAAAAUCUUCAUCCGUUUCCCAAAGACUUUGUUCGCCACUGAGGAGGCACUAGAGACCAGGAAGCACAGUCUUGCCACCAAGCUGCAGGCAGGAUGGAAAGGCUACAGCCAGAAGUCCAAAUACCAAAAACUCAGAGUCUCAGCGAUUGCCAUCCAGGCGUGGUGGAGAGGGAUCCUGGCCAGGAGGAGGGCCAAGGUCAGGCGACAGGCUUCAGAUACGAUCCGCAGGUUCAUCAAAGGCUUCAUCUACCGCCACAAGGAGCGCUGUCCAGAGAACGAGUACUUCCUGGAUUACGUGCGCUACUCCUUCCUCAUGAAGCUGCGCAGAAAUCUGCCCAAGAACGUCCUGGACAAGAGCUGGCCGACACCUCCCGCUGCUCUCACAGAGGCAUCAGAUCAUCUGUGUAAGCUGUGCAUGCAGAACAUGGUGUGGAGCUACUGCAAGAAGAUCAGUCCUGAGUGGAAACUACAGAUGGAGCAGAAGAUGACCGCCAGUGAGAUCUUCAAGGACAAGAAGGACAACUACCCACAGAGCGUGCCCAAACUGUUUGUCAGCACCAGACUCAAUGGCGAGGACAUUAACCCCAAAGUGGUUCAGGCUCUUGGCAGCGACAAGAUGAAGUACGCAGUGCCGGUCACCAAGUACGACAGGAAAGGCUACAAAGCUCGACCCCGGCAGCUGCUGCUCACCUCCAACAGUGCCGUCAUCGUAGAGGAGGGCAAACUCAAACAACGCAUCGAAUAUGGAGCUCUGAAAGGUAUCUCCGUCAGCUCUCUCAGCGAUGGCUUGUUUGUUCUACACGUGCCCAGUGACGACAACAAACAGAAGGGAGACGUCGUCCUGCAGAGCGACCACGUGAUCGAGACCUUGACCAAGAUAGCGAUCUGUGCCGACAAAAUGAACAGCAUCAACAUCAACCAGGGCAGUAUAAAGUUCACAGGGGGUCAGGGGAAGGAGGGGAUCAUAGACUUCACACCUGGAUCAGAACUACUGGUGGCCAAGGCUAAGAAUGGACACCUGUCUGUGACGGCUCCCAGACUGAACUCCAGAUGAUUGCUGACCGACCACACCAGGACCUUUGACCUCCUGACCUCCCAUCCUCCAAUCACACGACUUCGGACCCCCGCUCUGCCUAAGCAUAAGUGCUUCCAAUUAAAAAAAAAAAGAAAAGAAAAAAAAAAGGAAUCAAAAUCAAGCAAAACUAA